AGCUUACGGCUGACAAACCCGUCUUCUCUAUCAUUAUGCCCUUGAAUAGAUGAGGCUGGGCAAAGUCCUUUGCCCUUCAACGUGUUGCCGCGUUGAGAACAUUUGGAGGUUUUCUUUUGGUUUGUUUUUGUUGUUGUUUUGUUUUGGUUUUUUAGGUUUUGCCUGAGUUGGGGUUUUAUUUUUCUGGAGCAGAGACAAUGGCUUUCUUUAUGAAAACUAUGAUAAGUAACCAGGUUAAGAAUUUGGGAUUUGGUGGUGGUUCUGAAGAGAAAAAAGAAGAAGGAGGGACAUCUGACCCUGCAGCAGCACAAGGAAUGACUAGAGAGGAAUAUGAGGAAUAUCAAAAGCAAAUGAUUGAGGAGAAGAUGGAGAGAGAUGCUGCAUUUACACAAAAAAAGGCAGAGAGGGCAUGCCUCAGAGUUCAUCUCAGAGAAAAGUACAGGCUCCCAAAGAGUGAAAUGGAUGAGACUCAAAUCCAGUUGGGUGGAGACGACGUGGAUUUGCCCGAAGACCUCCGGAAAAUGGUCGAUGAAGACCAAGAAGAAGAAGAAGAUAAGGAUUCCAUUCUCGGGCAGUUACAGAAUCUCCAGAAUAUGGACUUGGAUACCAUCAAAGAAAAAGCCCAGGCCACCUUCACCGAAAUCAAGCAGACAGCGGAGCAGAAGUGUUCUGUGAUGUGAGGGGUGGGAAGGGGAGGGGAGGGGAGGGAACCAGGCCAUGGUGGGGGUGUGGGAAAAGGAGGAAGACCCCUCUCCUUUGUGGCGUUUGGAGCAGGGUAUGUUUUAAUAUAGAACACUGUUAAGAAA